AUGUGCGUGUUCAAGGUGGCGAAUUCAAGACCAAACAAUUCUCAGAGCACAAGGAGGAAUGAUCGGUUGGAGUCAUUACUUCCAGGAUUCAACAGAGAAGAAGAAAUGUCAGCAAUGGUGUCGGCUUUAUCCCAUGUGGUAGCGGGUAAUGUGAGCCAAGAGGUGGCGCAGCCUGCAGACGGUGGCGGAGCGGCAGUGAGUGGUGGUUCUUCACCUGCAUGUUCUUUGGGUGUUGGAGAUAAGAGGAAAAGAGAAGAGAAUAGCAGCAGUCAUGAGCAGGUUUCCGAAUCAGUUGCAAGAGUUUGCAGCGCUUAUAAUAAUUUUACCAUUGGAGGUUCUGAAAUAGCGUCUGGUGCAGAAGGUCCAAGCACAGGAACAAGCAUCAUAACAUCAACAGAAGCAGUAUAUACAUACUGCACUCCCACAAAUGACACUACUGAAUCCCAUGGAACAAGAAAAUACAGAGGAGUCAGACAGAGGCCAUGGGGCAAAUGGGCUGCAGAAAUAAGGGAUCCCUACAAAGCUUCUAGGGUUUGGUUAGGCACAUUUGACACUGCAGAGGGUGCUGCUAGGGCAUAUGAUGAGGCUGCCCUUAAAUUUAGAGGCAAUAAAGCAAAACUAAACUUUCCAGAGAAUGUUAGGCUCCUGCAGCAAAUGCAAUCACCAGCACCAAAUGAACUUGUUUCAGUUCCUACUUCAACCGAACCAAUUGUUCACACUCAUCAAGUUCAAUAUCCCAUGCAGAAUAUGAACUCCAGCUCACAAGUUCUGAUGAAUCUUGAUGAUAUUCCAAUGCAGCCUGCAGGGAGUAUAUGGGAUCAGUUAUUGUUUUCAUCUUCACCCUCAUCGUUGUCUUCUUUUCCAGUGUUUUUUCCAGCUAAUCCGCAGGGUAAUGUUGGGCCAGAGGAUAAUGGAAGCGGAGCUGAAACUUCAACGCCGGAUUCAAAUCAUCAGACUUCAGGAUGA